GCUUGUAAUUAGAUACAAGAACAAAGGCAAUUCAAUUUAAUCACAUAGGUUUGUAAAUAUUAUGUGCAAAUUCAACUACAUAAGAGAAAAAUCAAAUUAUUAAUUAAAGUUGGUUGCUUGUCCAUAUAAGGCAGACAAAAUCUUUUUCGUUUCAAUUAUAAAAGAAAAAGAGUUCAUUUCUUUGCAAUUGUAAAAGAAAGCGCUUGCUAUGACAACGAACAGUUCUGUGUUUGUUCUCCUCGGUUUCCUUCUGGCUCAAAUGAUGCCCGGCUGCGUUGGAUAUACAAGCACCCGAUCAAUAUGCGAUGACUCCUCGGAAAGUCCGACUACUGAGGAAAUCUCAAUUGCCACGGUUACGGCCUCAGUCCCGGAAUCCUCGACUGAAAGUAUUUUGCCGGUCACAAUCAUGACUGAGUCACCAGAUCGUCGAGUUGCCAUCUCAAUCAAUGAGAUCGCGACAACUUUCGUGAACUUGACGAUCGCCGACGAGGCUGGAUCCGCGACUGUUUAUGAAAUCGAGGCCGAGUGCCACUCAGAUGUGUUCCAAGCGUGUGACACUGUGACCUUCAGAGACAACUUAUUUCCGAGUGCUCGAGGGUUCCUUGAGGCGUCUGGGCUCCUGUCUGGAGCUGCCUAUGACAUCACAAUUGUGAGUGCAACUCAUGGAGGGAACGCGGACACUUCUUUGGACGCAACUGUUCGCUUUUGCACGCAACCAAGAGCUAACUUUGCGGUGAGGAAGUUGAGCGAAACUUCCAUAGAGAUUGAUACUGGCGUGGAGAGUGGCUACUUCCAAAGUGCCACGGUCACCUUCUUCCCCUCCUGCUCCGUCACUUUCACUCCCCUCAUGCUACCGUUGCAGGUGACUGGACUUACUGAUGGAGCAACGUAUGAUUUGACGUUCCAGUCCCGAAUGUUGGCGUCCACCUGUGGAGCAGGAGGCUCUCAGUCAAGUGACCAGCAAGGUUUCGAGUACAAUCCAAACGUGGCAUCAAAAAUCCUGCCUGGUUCUGUUGUCCUGAUGGUGACUGUGCUGUGGACAAUGGCCCAGUGAAAACAGGAUGAAGACUGAAGGCUGUAAAUAAAACUGUACAUAGAUCACCCACUAUUAGACUGCUUUCUGGAUAUAGAGGAUGAUAUAUCACGGAAAAUUAUAUUUUGAUAAGCCAUGAAGAAGAGUCCGAAAACUCGCCAUUGAACUCAGGAAACUCAGUUGGCAAG